AUGAAGCCCUCCCUCCUCACCGUUCUGGCUUUGACCAGCGUCGCCACUGCAACACCAGAGCAACAAUCCCCGCUCGCCUCGCAUGCGGAACGCUCAGAGUCUUUCAUCAAUGACUCCCCGUUUCUGUCCCUCCACCGAGACCUCGUCUCGAUCCCCUCCGUUUCAGGGAACGAAUCAGCCGUUGGCGAAUUUCUGUCCUCGUUUCUCGAGUCUCACAAUUUCAAUGUGAUCAAACAACCUGUUCCUGGGCGUACGUCCCGGUUCAACGUCUUCGCUUAUCCAUCUUCCGCCUCCUCCAAACCAUCAAUCCUUCUCACCAGCCACAUCGACACCGUGCCCCCGUUUAUUCCAUACUCGGUGCAGAACGAUGAUGACAGCGGAGACAUUGUGAUUUUUGGCCGUGGUUGCGACGACGCGAAGGGUAGUGUCGCAGCACAAGUCUUCGCGGCCUUGGAGACACUCCACGACAAUCCCUCUGCGCCUCUAGCCCUGCUCUUUGUCGUUGACGAAGAAGUUGGCGGCGCGGGCAUGCGUGCUUUCUCGACAAACACGACCCUCAAUCCUUCCCCAGAUGCACCCUCCCCUCUGAUUGAUGUCUACAAGACAAUCAUAUUCGGCGAACCAACCGACCUCGCCCUCGUCUCUGGACACAAAGGCAUGCUCUCCUUCCAUGUCCACGUCAUCGGCAAGUCCUCGCACUCUGGGUACCCAUGGCUCGGCGAGAGCGCACUGAGCACCAUCCUCCCCGCGCUCUCGGUCAUCGACAAACUCGGCGAUACCCCCGUCGAAAAGGGCGGGCUUCCCUCGAGUAAGAAGUACGGCCGCACGACAGUGAACAUCGGCCGCGUUGAAGCCGGCGUAGCCGCAAAUGUCGUUCCCGCAGCAGCAGAUGCGGAUGUUGCUGUUCGCCUUGCUGCCGGGUCCCCGGAGGACGCAAUGGAGAUUGUGCUUGCGGCUGUUGCCAACGCAACGGGGGACAACCCUCAUGUUGCUGUGGAGUUUGCCGAAGGACCCAACGGUGGCGUUGGUGGAUAUGCGCCUCAAGAUCUUGACACGGAUGUGUCUGGGUUUGAGAUUACGACCGUCAACUACGGCACCGAUGUGCCGAACCUGAAGAUCUUCAAGAAAAAUGAUGUGAAGAGGUAUCUUUACGGCCCUGGAAAUAUCCAUGUUGCCCAUGGAGAUCAUGAAUCCAUUACGGUUGCGCAGCUGGAGGAGGCUGUUAAAGGCUACAAAAAACUGAUUGAUGCUGCGUUGGAGCGGGUCUAA